CCGUUUCUUAGAGCAAAUCUGGUAUCAUCUCUUUUUGAAGCUAAUGUGCCUGUGGGAGCGAUGCCUGGGAAGAAGGAGGGUCCAAGCCGGGGCAAUUUGUUUGGAAAACAGCAUUGAGGCCCCAACUGUAGCGCCUGAUCUGUUGACCCUCCGGGAGCCUCCCCGAUUCUGGUUCUCUGCUCAGAGUGCAUUUUCCAAGUGGGGGUCCGUCCCUCUUCUCGGUUCUCGAUCUGGACUCCAUGAAAGUUCGUAAUGAAACUGGUAUGGCCAAGCUCUUGCUAAAAUUCCAAAGGUAUUUUCGGCGGAAACCUAUCCGUUUCUUCACUUUAAUUGCUCUUUACCUGACCGCUGGGAGUUUGGUGUUCCUCCACGCUGGCUUCAGCGGGGGGACGAGAGUCCCAGGGGCUGCUUCCCGGACCAGCAAUGAGGCUGCAGAAGGGACGGACGCCCAGUUCUUGGGGACGCUACAGCUUGGCAGGGAAUUUAAAGUGAUGCCAGAGUCUCUGGCAUUUGCCCGAAGAUAUGGCACUUGGUUCAAGAAUCCUGCCAAGGACGCAGCAGGGAGAAGCAGAGGUGGUAGAGGUGGUGAUUAUGGGGAGACGUGGAAUCGCAUGCUCAAGGGGAGGAACAUUCACGAGAAAGAGGAAGAUAGAGCAAAAUACAUCGGCUGUUAUGUAGACAACACCCACCAGAGAGCCCUCCGUGGAGUGUCCUUCUUUGACUACAAAAAAAUGACAUUGUUCCGUUGCCAGGACAACUGCGCCGAACGGGGCUACCUCUACGCUGGGCUGGAGUUCGGGGCAGAAUGCUACUGUGGACACAAGAUCCUGGCCGUGAAUGUCAGCGACGCCGAGUGCAACAUGGAGUGCAAAGGGGAGAAAAACAGACUUUGUGGAGGCGUAAACCGGCUUUCCGUCUACCGCUUGGAGUUGGCACAGGAGUCCACCAGGAGGUAUGGCAGUGCCAUAUACCGCGGAUGCUUCCGCCGGCCAGAGAACAUCUCCUUGGCUUUGCUGGCCAGCAGGCCCAUGAAAAACAUGUCUGUGGACCGAUGCGUUGACCUAUGCACAGGAAAGGAAUGCCCUCUUGCAGCUCUGGCGGGCACCUUCUGCCACUGCGGCUUCCCGACCACCCUCUUCUCCUUGCACGAACGGGAAGGGGAGCACCUUUGUGCCCAGAAAUGCAGCGGGGAGGAGUUCGAGAGCUGCGGCACCACAGGCUAUUUCAUUGUCUACCAGACCCAAGUGCAAGACAACCGGUGUAUGGAUAGGAGAUUCCUAACGGCUCGGGCCAAACAGCUGGCUGCCCUCGCCAGCUUUCCCGGAGCGGGCAACACGUGGGCCCGGCAUCUCAUUGAACUGGCCACGGGGUUUUAUACCGGGAGUUAUUAUUUUGAUGGCUCUCUUUAUAAUAAAGGGUUCAAAGGCGAACGGGAUCACUGGCGCAGCGGGCGGACGAUAUGCAUCAAGACCCACGAGAGCGGGCAGAAGGAGAUCGAAGCGUUUGACUCCGCCAUCCUCCUGGUCCGCAACCCCUACAAAGCGCUCAUGGCAGAAUUCAACCGGAAGUACGGGGGGCACAUCGGCUUUGCUUCUCAUGCCCACUGGAAGGGGAAGGAAUGGCCGGAGUUUGUCAGGAAUUAUGCUCCAUGGUGGGUGACGCACACCCUUGACUGGUUGAAAUACGGCAAGAAGGUCUUGGUGGUGCAUUUUGAGGACCUCAAGCGAGACCUCUUCGUCCAGCUCAAGAGGAUGGUCAGCCUCCUGGGCAUCACGGUGCACGAGGACCGCCUGUUGUGCGUCGAGGGUCAGAAGGAUGGCAACUUCAAGCGAUCAGGGCUGAGGAAACUGGAGUAUGAUCCUUACACUCCCGAGAUGAAGAAAAUGAUCAACGGCUACAUCAAAACGGUGGACAUGGCUCUGAAGCUCAGGAACCUCACUGGCGUCCCAAAGGACUAUUACCCCAGAUGAUGGGCAACGGUUGGGAAACCGGGUGGAGGAGAUGAUCCACCUUAGGAGGUGCAAAUUGGCUUCCUCUCGGCCAGUAGCUAUUUCCAUCCGGUGAGUGGUGUGUGUAUGAGGAGUCUUCCUGCUGGUGCUUGCUUUUAAAGAACCCUUUUGCAUGAGCAGAGAGGCCACCUAUCGCGGUUGGCUGAAGAUGCUUUGGUCAACCUGUCUCCAGAAAAGGAGGCCCACUGGGGGAGGCCUUGCAAAGGGAAAUCUUUGCUGCUGCUGCUGCUUUUCAAAGUUUUGUGCCCCUUCCCACCCAAGUUAGA